AAGCGCCGUCGUUGCUGUGAUCACCUCAGUUACCACCAGAACGUAAAGGAGGAAAGUUGUGCCUCUUCGACCUCUGUCGCUCUUACCACGUGCCCACUCUCUCUCGCUCUGACUGACUCGAGACUUGGUGUUGUUCAGAAUCAAUAUGAAUGCCCCAGGAUCGAGGAGUGUGGUGGAUGAGUGACUGUGCUUGUCUCAAUAAAAAAAAUAUAUAUAUCUAUAGUUUUACCCGAUUAAAAAAUGUAAUUUCCGUGUGAUGAUGCUCAUGGAUGAUUAUAUCGCGGCGAGAAAUUAUUGAAACUAUAUAAACUAUUUGAAAAACAAAACGAAACAUUGCAGAGGGAAAUAUACAUAACAAAGACCGUGCAGUUAGAGUGAGAGGAUAAACUAUCAGCGGAAAGGGUGAGAGAGGAAAAAAUCAAGAUGGACGUGAAGAAGCGCCUAGUUGUUUUAAUGGUGCUUGUGGCCACCUUACUUCCUUCAGGGACCGCCGCUUCCCACGACCUGCAGCGUGGAAUGCCCAACGUGUGCGAAUACCAGCGGGAGGAGACCAUCGAGGUGCGAGUGCCGCGCGUGAGGGCCUUCACCGCCGCCGUCAGGGUGUACCGGCCGGGCUGCUUCCUCAACAUCCCGUCCUGCAUUACUCAUGAGAGAAGGACCCAGUACAAAACAGUCCCCCAUUUCGAGGAAGAAGUCGUCACGCUGCGCAUCUUCAGGUGCUGCCCCGGCUGGACCACCAAGACGGUGGACGUGGAAAAGGGCGGCAAGAGACACGCGGAGGACGAGGAGGACAACUCGCACAACACCGGCUGCUUCAUCCGGGAGGAGGAAGCCAACGACACGAGCGAGGUGAUCCACGAGGGAAAGGUCUACCGCCUGCGCGACGGCCAGGAGGAGGAGGAGGACCCGGCCAACAGCACCAGCGAGGAGGAGCUCAUUCUCCCGAAGUUCACCCUGACAUCGUGCUCCGACGAGUCGAGAUGAGGACGUCGAGGCCAACACAACCAUCGUCACCGACUACAAUGCCAACGCCCGCCGACAGAGGUCUCACAAGAAGGACGAAGGCUUCGACGCCUACAGCUACACCAUUAUUCUGACGGAAGGUAAAAAGGGCGGAAGGCAAAACCAGGACGCCAGGCGCCCCCAGGCAGGCCACAGGGCGGAGCAUGUGUCCAGGGUUGGAGAGGUGGUCGAGGCGGGCACCGGUAGGGUCUACGCUGCUUGCGGGAGAUCCUUCUGCUACAACAGAGGGCGCUGCGUCUUCAACCGCUGCGUGUGUCCGCCCGGCUUCUACGGGUCCCGCUGCCAGUUCGGCGCGGGCGCAUGCGGGGGCGGCGGCUGUGAGCAGGAGUGCGGCAGCCCCGAUUCUGCGGGAGGAGCCGCCUGUGCGUGCAGACCUGGGUACAGCCUGAGCCGCGAUGGGCGGCGCUGCGAGGCGGCGGAUCCCUGCCAGCUCGACAACGGCGGCUGUCAGCACCGGUGCGAGGUGUCCGACGGCCAGGCGCGGUGCUCGUGUCCGGAGGGCAUGAGGCUGAACGACGACCAGCGCACCUGCACCGACGAGGACGAGUGCCAGACGCCCGACAUCUGCAGCCACCAGUGCCGCAACACCUGGGGUUCCUACACCUGCCUGUGCAAUUCCGGUUACCAGCUGGGCACCGACCACAAGUCCUGCUACAUGAUAGACAUGGAGGUGAUCAACUCCUGUCUGGAGAACAACGGUGGGUGUGAACACAUGUGCCGCCACGCAGCAGGUGGCGCCGUGUGCAGCUGUCAUGUUGGCUACCUGCUUCAGCCUGACCAGAGAUCCUGCCAGGACAACAAUGAAUGCGAGUCGGGCAGUCACAGGUGCGAACAACAGUGCGUUAAUACCCCCGGGGGCUACGCGUGCGCUUGCAGGCAGGGAUACACUCUCAACAUUGACGGCUUCGCCUGUGACGAUGUGGAUGAAUGCGCACAGGAGAACGGAGGAUGUGAACACGAAUGCAAGAACACCGCAGGCUCUUUCAGGUGCUCUUGCAGGAAAGGGUACCUGCUCGUUGAUCUUACACACUGCGACAUGAUAGACUACGAUUACGCCAGCAACGAACUGGAGGCGAGAAUCACACAACUUGAAGACGACAGCGAAGGGGACUCGACUCCUCCAGAACUCGACGAAUUUGACACCAUCACGUACGCAGAGCAGGCAAAGGUGGACAACAUCAUUACCCGUUGCGUCCCAGGCCACUUCGGACCCGACUGCGCACUGACCUGCAGCGACUGCCCCGGCGAAUGCGACCCGGAGGCUGGAGGAUGCGUGUGCGAAGCGGGGAAAACCGGGCCGACCUGUGACCUGCCUUGCCCCGAAGGCUUCUACGGCGUUGGCUGUAACGAGGUAUGCAGGUGCGAGAACGGCGGGACCUGUGAGACUGUGAACGGAGACUGCAUUUGCCCCCCGGGCGUCUCUGGCAAGUUCUGUGAAGAUGGCUGCCCUGCUGGUUAUUACGGCGAAAAGUGCGAACGGCGCUGCCCAAUGAUGUGCCCCUCGAUGCGUUGCAACAGGGUCUUUGGCUUUUGCGAGUGCAAUCCAGGUCGCUUCGGGCCCAAGUGCAACAUGCCGUGCCCUGCGAUGACCUGGGGUGCUAACUGCCGCCACCCUUGCAAGUGCCAAUUGCAGAACACCGCGCGCUGUCAUCCCGAGAGCGGUGUGUGUGAGUGCCAGCCCGGCUUCGUGGGCGCCGACUGCUCCGAGGAGUGCCCGGCCGGGCGUUGGGGCGCAGGAUGCAACCACGAGUGCCAGUGUGCCGACGGUGUCACGUGCCGACCCGACACCGGUGCCUGCGUCGUCGACUGCCCGCCUGGCUUCCGGGGACCAGGUUGCAAUACGAGUUGCGACGCUGGACACUACGGCCCGGGUUGCAUGAAAGUGUGCACUUGCGGAAUGCUGCCAUGCGACCCUGUCUCCGGCACUUGCUUGUGUCCAGCUGGCACUUACGGGCCUUCUUGUCUUCACCAGUGUUCUGAGGGCCAGUGGGGACAGAGCUGCCUUCAGAAGUGCCAGUGCCAGAAUGGGGGGAAAUGCAACAGAGUGACAGGCGAAUGCAACUGCCCUUUAGGAUACACGGGCCCCACGUGCGAAGCUCAGUGCCCGCCUGGAAGGUUCGGCAAAGACUGCAGUGAGACGUGCAGCUGCCUCAAUGGUGCCACGUGUCACCAUGUCAGCGGGAGGUGCGAGUGCGCCUCGGGCUUCACGGGGCAGCGGUGCGGGCAGCCGUGCCCCCUGGGGCGCUUCGGGCCGGACUGCGUGCACAUGCCUGCCUCGAUGGAACGUACGGGUCAGGAUGUGCCAUGAACUGCAGCUGCGCCAACGGUGCCAAGUGCGAUCACAUAUCUGGCGCCUGCAUGUGCACACCAGGCUGGCGUGGAACUUUCUGCUCGCGGCCUUGUCCCGACGGCUUCUGGGGCCAGGACUGCCGCUCCCACUGCGGCUGUAGCGUGGGUGCGACUUGCGACCCCACCACUGGCGCGUGUGUCUGUCCGCCGGGCAAACAUGGCCAGUACUGUUCUAAAACAUGCCCCGUCGACCGAUGGGGCAGCGACUGUCAGCACGUAUGCCUUUGUCAUAACGGAGGGACAUGCGACCGCGUAUCCGGCGCCUGCGUUUGCCCCGCGGGCUACACCGGCGCCACCUGUCAGGACAGAUGCCCUAAAGGAAGCUACGGCACGAAUUGCCAGCACACCUGUCUGUGCCAGCAUGGUGCCACGUGUCAGCAUGAUACUGGUGCCUGCGUGUGUCCCCCUGGGUUUAGCGGCACUUACUGCGAAACUGGUUGCGAGGACAACCGGUUCGGGCCUGGCUGCGUGCUGGAGUGCGAGUGCCAGAACGGAGGCAAGUGCGACCCGGCAACUGGAGUGUGUCAGUGCCCCCCGGGCUGGCGCGGCCACAUGUGUCAGAAGCCCUGUCAGCGAGCAUUCUGGGGCGAAGGCUGUGAGCAGGUGUGUGACUGCGAACACGGGGCACAGUGCCACCACAUCACAGGGAAGUGCCAGUGUCCUCCUGGAUAUAUCGGCGACAAGUGCCAUAUCAUCUGCCCCGCCGGCUACUUCGGCGAGGAAUGCAGCGAACGAUGCACGUGCGAGGACGGCGAGCCAUGCGACCACAUGACUGGUGCCUGCUCUUGCUCACCAGGUCGACGGGGGUCACAGUGCCAUGAGUACUGUCCUGAGGGCCAGUGGGGCGAGCAGUGCCAGCAGAGGUGCGAGUGCGAAGGGUCGUCCCUCUGUGACCCGGUCACCGGCGACUGCUUCUGUCCCGCGGGGCUGCGAGGUCGCAAGUGCCGCCGGGGAUGUCCUCGCGGCUACUACGGCGUCGACUGCGAGCAAAAAUGCAAGUGCGCGGACGGCAGCGCUUGUGACCCCGUGAGCGGACAGUGCCAGUGUCGCCCAGGGUUCUUCGGCCCAACGUGCUCGCUGCCCUGUCCGGCUGGCACCUACGGCCCUAACUGCAAUAUGACGUGUAACUGCGAGCACGGCGGCGUCUGUGGCAGGAACGGCGAGUGUCGGUGCCCCGCGGGAUACAGAGGACCCCGGUGUGAAGAGCGGUGUCCGAGCAACACGUGGGGCUUCAACUGCGCCUUCGAUUGCAAGUGCAACAACGGCGCCAUCUGCCACCCGGCCACGGGCGAGUGCCAGUGCGGCCUCGGGUGGACCGGGCAGCACUGCGCCGAGGCGUGCGGCCCGGGCCGCUAUGGGCCGGACUGCAAGCUGGACUGCGCCUGCCACCACAACGCCUCCUGCGACCGCUUCUCCGGCUGCUGCGACUGCGGGCCCGGCCGCUACGGCCGCUUCUGCGAAUUAGAAUGUCCAGCUGGCUUCUACGGCGUCUACUGCAGCAGCGUCUGCGAGUGCGAGAACAACGCCAGCUGCGACCCCCACACCGGCCAGUGCCGCUGCCUCCCCGGCUUCACCGGCGGCAACUGCGCUGACACCUGUCCUGCGGGAACGUUUGGCGCACAGUGCAGACAAGUGUGCAAGUGUGGAGAGUAUCCCUGUGAUAAGGUCAGCGGAGAGUGCCAAUGUCCUCCUGGCACCUAUGGGGAUAAUUGUGCCAAACCUUGCGGUCUUGGGAGGUAUGGCCCUGGAUGCAAACAGGUGUGCGAGUGCCACAACGGGGGCAGCUGCCACCCUGAAACGGGGCACUGCACCUGCACCCCAACUUGGCUGGGGCCUACGUGUCAGGAAAAGGACGUUUCAUUCAUCACCACAAGUGAUCAACGCGGUCGAGCAGAUAUCCCCGUGGAACUAAGCUGAGUUUAGAAAUAUGAAAAGAAUUACAUAUAAAAAAAACAAACUAAUAAUAACACGACAGCAAAUGAUGGAUUUCCAGAAUUCAAGAAUGAGAUGAAAAUACAAUACCUCAAAACAGGUCAGAAUGAUCACUUUCUUUGAUCGUUCGUUUCACGUAAAUGAUUUCUGCGGCAGUGAAUUCCGUACUCCCAAUAUCCGUAUGAAGUUAUAACCAAUGUUUAUUUCUCCAAGUCCUACCAUAAACCCCAAGAUCAAGACAUUCUUCAUUAUUUUCAGGUUGUAUACAGAACAAAAAAUUACAGGAUAUAAAUAUCAAAGAUUACGCUGUCAUUGUUGUAAUAACUGAUUUUAAUUGCUUGUAUAAAAUGCUGAAGCUACUUUUAUGUAUGUAACUACCUGUAGAAGCUUUGUAAUCGGUUGCUUAAGUUAAGCCAUUUACUCCGCGCCUUUGUGUAACUGUGUGUGUUCGUGUAAACCAAUGAAAAUGCAAUUUACGCUUGCUAUAAAUUAUCAACGGUUUAACGAAGUCUAAUUACAGAUGCUCAGAAUUACAUAAUCAGGAUUUGUAUAAUCUUUACAUAUCAUGUAUAGGGAAAAUAUUUAUGAUAGUCGAAAUUGAUUUAUAUUCUUUAUCGCUCUAUCCAUUAUCAUUUGCAGUUGGUAAAUGGUCGUUUUAAAUAUGCAUUACUCGAAUCUUAUGUACUUAGACUUCCUUAAUCUUAUAUCAUUUCCCGCACGGCUGAUAUUUCCUUAUU